CGGGCUAGGAAGAGAGGCUCUUUGUCUGCCUUUGGUUACCGGACACACAUCUGGUUGUACGUUACCAUGCCGCUCUCGGAACAAUGAACUUGUCCAAGAACCCUGUCGCAUCGUCACUGAACAACACAUGUUCACCCGCUCUGAUGCCUUGGACCCUUGAAAAAGCCCUUUGUCGACGCAUUCCUCCCGAGCCCAUCGUCCACUCGUCCCAUCCAUCCAGGUCAGUGAUCGUGAACACUGAACAGAUCCGUCACUCGAGGUUGACAAUGAAACAAGGAGAUGACCCAGCCAACGAAACGAGACACAUAAGUACUCACCUCACCACAACCAUCCAAAUCCUUCCUCCUGCUUCUCCAGUCCACCAGAACCAUCAGCCUCAAACAUCCAACAUCAGCUCCAUCUAUAAAUCCCAAUCCCAACCAUCACCACUGCCCAACAUGUCCACCACCACUGACUCCUCCUCCUCCUCCAUCGUGACCACCCCGAUUACCACCUCCACCCCCCUCAUCCCUCUAACCCACUACCAAACCCUCAACGUCCCCUACAUGGCCUCCAAAUCCGACAUCAGCACCGCCUUCCACGCCUUUUGCAAACUCCACCGGCAGCCCGGACCAGACAAGAUCCCCCACUUUACUUCCUCGCAACGGUAUAGAGACCUAAAAGAGGCGCACGACAUGUUGAUUGAUGCUGAAGACAGGCAAAAGUACGAUCUCUAUCUGGCCAAGAAGGGGGUUCCGGAGAUGGUGGAGAAGUUCAAGGUUAGGGAGGCGAAAAAAACCUCAGUGGAGAAGAAAAUGGAGAAACAAACGGAUAAGAAAAUGGGGAGGGGGACGGAUAAGAAAAAAAUGGAAAGGGUGAUUAAUGAACUAGGGGAGGAGGUGUUGGAGGGGUGGGGACAAGACGAAGUGAUCAAGUUCUUGGGAAGGCCGAGGGGGCCGAAGGUUAGGGGGACUAAUGUCUAGGUACCUACCUCUAGGUGUUGACUGGACUGGACUGGACUCCUUUCGGCACGAGGUAAGGUCGAAGAGGUGGUGGACGUGGUUGUGGUGUUGGUACCUAGAGGUACCUCUACUGGUUGCGCUGUCAUGGAGUGGACUUGUGCUGUUGGUGUAUAAGUCGGUUGGGUUGGUUUUUUCUUCUCUUUUUUGGAGCCGUGUCGACUGAUGACCGGAUGGAGGAAGAAAUCCGGCAAGGUACCUCUACCGCUUCUCAAGUUGGAUAAUACAAGGACAAUCUUCUGUUUUG